UUGUAAAUUGGGUGUUAAGGUUGCCUCUCCAUUUCUUUUUUCUCCCUCCUCGGAAAGCAUUCAGUGUGUGCUGAAUGUGAUAAAGCUGUUGCCGGAUCAAGUUGAUGCAGGUGAAUGCUUUGUCAGCUUUGUUCUAUACAAAGGGUGGGGGUUGAGUUGCCUCCAAUCUGAGCCAGUUGUGUGAAGUGUGUUAGCAGUUUUCUGAACUGCCCAAAUCUCUUUUAAGUUAUGCUCGUCGAAAAAACAGAGCUCAGAGUAACAAAUACAUCCAUGUACAUUUAAGAUCUGAAUAUACUUCUGGAUGUAUUGUUUACAUCAAUAAAAAGCUCACAUUAUAAAAAACAGCACAAGGUGAGUGUGAGUAUACUUAUUACUUAAAACGGAUCUUAUCUGUGUGUGUGUUGCCUUGUUCGUGUCUACCUUGUUUGCUUCAGGAAUUCAAGACAUGUCUUAAAUAUUUAGCAAAGAACCAUUUCCUAAAAAUUUUGCAGUGUUAGCACCAUUCUUUUCAAGAACUCUGCUUUGUGUGUGUGUGUGUGUGUGGACAACUUAUUUUUGCCUCCUAAUUUAUUAUAUAAUUUUUACUUUUUCUGUGAUUUCAAGUUACUAAAUUAGUAAUUUGAAAAAGUAAUGAUUCUCAGAGACAGCUAUGAAUGUUCUGUAAAAGAAAGAGGAUACAUACUCUGGAAAGAUAAACCCACGUUUCUGAGUGGCUUCAGUACAACUGAAUUUAGUGCCUCUUUGAUUUUAAGAGAAAACAAGCCAAGUAGAUGAUACCUAUGACCAGUUAAAAAAGUUAACAUGUCAGAUGAGAUGAAUAUCCUCUGCAUAGACCUUUCCUGUGUAGAUUUCCUGGUGUAAAAGAAAUUGUAAUGUCGUGAGGAAACACUAAAGCAUGUCCCAAUUUCACUGCAAUAUAUGGGAAAAUAAGGAGAGACGGACAAAAAUCCCCAUAGAGAGGGAAAAAGACUAUCAUAUAGUGAAUCAUGGUCAUAUUUGAAUGAAAUUGUUUGGCUUGUAGUUUGGUUUCUUGUUAUUAAUCAAAGAAGUAUGCAAAAGUAUGGUGACUUUAUUUUCAACCUCAGUUUCCUCACUAGUUCUCUGAAACAAGAGCAUGAGGAGAGAAAAGAAGCUUGCCCUGCCCUCAGUGACCAGGCACCCACCCGUUGAUUACUCUCUUCUGUGUGAGGCUGGAGGAAUUGGACUCCUUGGGGAGCUGACUGCUGAUAGCCAUUUUAAGGAGUUACCACAAAUACGACACCAUCUUCUCCUGCCUCACGUUAUUGAAGGAGCUUACUCAUAUAGCAUUUGGUAUAGCAAAAUGAAAUGCAAGGAAACAAAAAUCAAGAUAACUGAAGGCAAUAAAACAAAUAAAAUAGGAAAAAGAUCAACAGCCAAGAAAUACCCACUGCAGAAAGCAUGGGAUGGAAAAUAAAGUGACGGAGUAUUUUAUCAUAUGUAUCUCAACAGACCUGAAAUCUAACUAAAAAUAUGACUGCUCUCUCUUCAAAGAACUGCUCUUUUCAGUACCAGUUACAUCAAACAAACCAGCCCCUAGAUGUUAGCUGUCUGUUGUUCUUAAUUAUACUUGGGAAAACAUUAUUAAAUAUCCUUGUGCUAGGAAUGAGAAGAAAAAACACUUAUCAAAAUUUUAUGGAAUAUUUUUGCAUUUCAUUAGCAUUUGUUGAUCUUUUACUUUUGGUAAACAUCUCCCUAAUAUUCUAUUUCAGGGAUUUUGUACUUUUAGGCAUUAGGUUUACUAAAUAUCACAUCUGCCUAUUUACUCAAAUUAUUUCCUUUACUUACGGAUUUUUGCAUUAUCCAGUUGUCCUGAUAGCUUGUAUAGAUUAUUACUUGAACUUCUCCAAAACUACGAAGUUUUCUUUUAAGUGUCAAAAACUGUUGUAUUUCUUGAUAGUAAUUUUUAUUUGGAUUUCAGUCCUUGCUUAUGUUUUGGGAGAUCCAGCUAUCUACCAAAGCCUGAAUGCACAGAAUGUUUAUUCUUGUCAAUGUCCUUUCUAUGUCAGCAUUCAGAGUUACUGGUUGUCAUUUUCCAUGAUGAUGAUUUUAUUUAUUGCUUUUAUAAUCUCUUGGUCAGAAGUUGUUACCUUGGUACAGGCUAUAAGGAUAACUUCGUAUAUGAAUGAGACUAUCCUGUAUUUUCCCUUUUCAUCCCACUCUGGUUACAUAGUGAGUUCUAAAAAAAUACUCUUGCCCAAGCUCAUUAUCUGUUUUCUUGGUACAUGGUUCCCCUUUGUGCUACUUCAAGUACUCAUUCUUUUACUUAAAGUACAGAUUCCAGCUUAUAUUGAGAUGAACAUUCCAUGGUUGUACUUUGUCAAUAGUUUUCUCAUUGCUACAGUUUAUUGGUUCAAUUGUCACAAGCUUAGUUUAAGAGACAUUGCAUUACCUGUGGAUCCAUUUGUCAGCUGGAAAUGCUGCUUCAUUCCAUUUAUAAUUCACAAUCUUCAGAAAAUUGAAAAGCCCAUAUCAAUAAUAAUUUGUUAAUAUGUUGCAGGUUAAAACUAAUUAAAUCUUACAACUACAAUAAGAAUCACAGUUUUACUAACAGGAGAGAAUGACUUAGGAUACAGAAAAAUGCUCAGUUGCAUAAUGAUAUAGUAAAUGAUUCAGAGUUUGAUCCUUAAUGAUUUGAAGAACCAAACUGACCUGAACUGAAGCUUUUCCCCUCCAGCUUUCACGCCUUACAGAAUGUAUCUUUCGGCACUAUGAUGCAUAUUUUUUUAAAUGUUUUCUUUAAAAAACAAAAGAAUCCCAAGAAAAGUUGUUGUAUCUCUUCAGAAUGUUGCAUAUUACAAACAUUAGCUAUUAACACUAAAGUACAAUGAGAUGACAUUUAGUCAUAUUGAUGUUUGUGCAACUGAAGUCUUUAGAUUCAAUGCCAACUUUAAGGCAUGAACUUAAAAUAUACAUUUUUAUCAAAUUCAGAACAAAAUCAAGUUUCCUUAAAAUGAUUUGUUAUAGAUCUUUAAUGUAAAGGGGAAGACUAGCUGAAAUUAAAUUUAGCUAAUUUUUAUAAUAUAUCCCUGUUCUUAAUAUGACUAUUCCUGGAAGAAGAGUGUUUAGGUUGCCCACUUGAUAGAACUGGGGAUAGGAAAACCAGGUCUCUUGCAGUUAUAACUGAUGGCACAUACUUGCAUGUCACAUCAUAAUCAAAUUAGCUAUGCAUCAAACUCUGAAAGUACAGUGGAGUUCCAACCUUGGUACUACUGGCGUUUUGUGUCAGGUAAUUCUCUCUUUUGGGAACUGUUCUGUACAUUGUAGGAUGUCUAGUGGCAUCUCUGAUUCCUACCCACUAGAUGUCACUUCCCCAGUAGUGACAAUCAAAAAUGUCUCCAGACAUUGCUAAACCUUCCCUGUUGGGUAAAACUGCCCCCUGGUUGAAAGACACUGCAGUAAAGCAAUCUGAAUGGCAAAAUAAUCUGAAGAUACUUUGUGUAUGAUCCAGAGUAGAUAUUUUGAUCACUAUUUACAAAUAUUAAUCUAUGUUGCAUAUAUGAAAGUAAUUUAAAAACUUCUAAACCCAGCAUUUCCCAAAUUGAUGGCUUUUUAUUUUUCAACACCUAUAGAAACAUACAUUUUUACAUAAUUACCAUAACACAUGGUUAUAUAUGUAUGUAAAUGUAUGUCAUAACAAUACUUAAGCUUACAUGUUAUAUAUACACCGAUAUAUUCUAUAGUGUAGUUUUUUAAAAUGAUAGUUGUGAUUCAGUAAAUUGAGUUCAUAAUCCACAAGUGGAUUGCUUUCCAUUAUUUGAAAAAUAUUCUAAAACAAUGCUAUGGACUGUUAAUAAAUAACAGCAAAGGCUUAGGAUGUGUUUCCUAUGUGCCAAGCGCUGUUUUGAUCCUCACAACAACUCUAUGAAGUGGGUACUGUUAUUAUCCCCUUCUUACAGGGAAGGAAAUAAAUUAACUCACUCACUCAAGGUCAUACAGCUAGCAUACUGGGGGAAUUGCAAUUCAAAUCCAGUACUGGCUCCAGGGUUCAUGUUUUUCAUCAUUACAUUACCUACCUGUCACUAAUCCCACUCAUUGUUCCUCAAAAGAACGGUUUCAUGGUCAAAUGUGAAGAACAUUUUUCCUUUAUUUUUCACUUGAAAACACACAAUGCCCAUGAACAUCUUAAAGGCUUUUGAAGUUCUAUAGUAAAGAAACCUGUUUAACUUUACUUGGCCACAGAAGCCUUUUUUAGUUAACACUAGUCAUUUCUAAAAGACAUUUGGGAAAUGCUGCUGGAUAAUUAGUCAUGAAUUCUUUGAGUUACAAGUGUAAACCUGAGCCAUUCAAGAACACAUUGGAUAUCAGAAAAGACAACAGGGUAACUUACUUGGAGAAUCUCUCUAGAUACAAGUGACAGUUUUCCUUUUCCACCCAGUUGGAAAAUAGCUUGAGGCUUUAUUUUUCCAAUUUAAAGCAUCUCUAAGUUUCAAAUGUAAAACUCCAGGGAAUGACUAUCUAUCUGGCCUAGCUUAAAUCAUAUGGCCACCCCUGUGGUCAGGGUCAGUUAACAAAACAUAUUACAGGGCAGAGAAAUAAACACUAUACUGAGAGACAUGAUAUUAAAAACUGCUUAGGGAAAACAGGAUAAAAAUCAGAUUGUUCUUUAAGAACCCAAAUGCAUAAUAGUGCGCCUAUUGCAUCCAAAGGCCAGUAGAAAUACUGAUAUGUUCAAGGGAACAACUGGGUUGAUGAAACAAUUGAGAAUGUUUAAAUUGGUCCCCUCUAUUUUUGUGUGUCAUUUUUUUCUCUGAAUGUAGCUCUCUCAAACAAUUGAGAAUGUUUAAAUCGGUCCCCUCUAUUUUUGUGUGUCAUUUUUCCCUCUGAAUGUAGCUCUCUCUGGGUGGCCAUAACACAGGCGUGAAAUAUUUUUAAAUAUCUUAUGCUCAAUUAGUAAAGGUUGAUACUCUUUAAAAAUUUUAAAUCAAAGAAGUUAUAACUAUUUCAACCCCCCAUUAAGAGUUUGUUUACUGCAAAAGAGGAUUCCCCCCACCUCAAACUAAAAGAAAAAAAAAAUUCAACAGACCAGCCAAAUAGAAGAGGCUUUUAUUUGUAAAGAAAUGAACUUACAACUGGUCUACAAUAUAUUAUUGUAAUAUAAACAAUAUAAAUAAAUGAUCCUGUAGGCCAACUAAUCUUCCAUCCAGACCCACAUGAAGCAAUGUUAACAUUCUAUGUGAAAAUGUGCAGGUAACAAAGGUGCAAUUACAAGCAAAUUUAAGCAGCAGAAUAUAAGGUGCUUUAAUUUAUAGUUAAUGUUGCCAUCAACAAAUAUUUGAAUGCUCAUUUUUACUUCACUUGAUACAGACACAACAAAUGUGAAAAUCUGAAAUUCAAACGCAUGCUACUUAAUAUGAAAGUGCUUUCUCUUUUUUUAAAAAAAUACACCAACUGGACAAUCUUUUUACAUAGAUCAUGGUGUGCUCUUAUAAUGUAAAAUUAACUUCAUUUUCAGAUUAUAUGUUUUACAACUGUAGCUACAGACACCAAUCUAGGAACUCUAAUCCUCUAAGAGUGCUAAAACUAUUUCAUUUCCUGUAAGGAGGACUCUACUCCAAUGUAAAGAAUACAUCUAUAUAUAAUCUUAACAUUUGUUUCUGUAAAGAUAAAAAAAAAAAAAAAAAAAAAAAGAUUUCUUCCCCUAGGUGGUGCUUUUUCAUCCUGGGUGGGUCAUCUUUUUAAGAUUUUAAUAAUAUGAAAGUCCGAUUUUAGAACAAUGGGAGGAACCAAAAAGAGGAAUAAAAAAUGUUAACACUUGCUCGAAACAUCCAAAACGAAUAAAUCCCAACAGUUUGCCUUUGUUUAAUUAAUAAUUAAAACAAUGUUUAACAAGAAGAAACACAAAAUAUACUACUAAUUCAGCAAAGAAGCCUGAAAUGCCUCACACGCUGUCAGUAUCCAUUUCCUUGCUUACACUGCUGUCUACAACAUCUGACCUUCACUACAAGCAUAAUCCUUACUGUGAAGAUAGUUUAUGGAACUUAUUAGCAAAAACAAAAAGACCAAGAUUCUGAAUGAGGUUAUUGGGAAAUCUAGUUAAAUACCUUCAAAAUCAGACAUCCUCAGUUUCCUUUUCAAUAUUUAACAAUACAUACAAAAAGUAUAUAUGUAAUAGGUAUUUUAAACAUGAAAUAUUUGAAAAAUGAGAAAACAUUUAAAAAGUAAUUUUAACCAAUACCAAGGAACAAUUUUUUAAAACCCAGACUGGCUACUUGGAUAUUAGUUCCUUUUCUCAAUCAGUUUGGUAUAAAUUUGAAUCUAAGAUUUAUUUAGACAUUUUCCUGCUUUUAAAAGCUACAACUAUGAUGCACAAAUGAUUUUUUAAUGUUAGAAAUUUUCAUUUUUUUAUCUUAAUGGAAAGAGAAUGUAAGUAUCAACUAAUGUUAAAUGUAAAGUUGUUAAUAGGAAUUAUUACAAUGCGAAUCACAGAACCCCUAAGUGGUAGGGGACCUUUACCCAAUUUAUGGUCCAUUCUCCUAUUCACUGUCUUCUCCCCAAAUAUUUGUCAGUUAAAGAUUAGAACUGUUUUAUGCUCACCAGUUCAUCAUUUUAAAGGAUACCUUUUUACUAUGCAAUACAUGUACUUUCUACUACUGAUUCUUACCAAUCUUUAAAAACUGGAUAUUUGUAAUAACCUUAAAAAUACAAUAAAAUUUAUGUAGUUUUACUUGAACAACAAAUCAAAAAAAAAUUUUUUUAAAUAAAUAAAAAACACUCUGCUCCAGUGAUCUCUCUUGAGAUUUUUCAGUUUUGAAAAGUUGCCACACUGUCAAUACUGGGUAUAAAGUUUUUGUAAUUAAAAAUGUAAGAUAAUUGAGAACCGGCUUCUUUGUAUUGUUCUGCCACACAUCCUGUAUUAGCAACAACUCUGCAACAGAUUCAAGUGUCCAAAUAAUUCUAUGAAAUAUAGACUGUCACAAUAGUCUCAAAAUGUUAAAAGUCCUUAUUGUUAGGUACGCUUAAUUUUCUAAUCUGAUCGUGUAUAUGUUUGUCAUUUAGUAUGUGAAACAUGUUAUAGGAAUUGUGAUGUGAUCACUCAGACUUGUUAGAUGUCAUCUAGCUCAAUCCUUUAAUCAAUGCUUAAAUUUCUGCUCAUUUCCAAGUUUAAAAAUUCAGUAUAUGAAGUGGUGAUAACUAUGUGUUUAUUUAAGCUGUAAUCAAAAUUAUGUCUGAGAAGAUUUUCUUUACUUACUAGCUCCUUAAAUCAUGUACAGGUACACCUGUCACCAAGUAAGUGCUCAAAUGGUUUGCUGACUGAAUGAAUAAAUACAUGAAUGACAUGUUCAGUGCUUAACUAGCAAUUAGCCUUUAGGAAAAUGUCCUUACAUGCUUAUCUGUAUCACUCUACUUUUAUCUUUAGAAGAACAAAGACACUGUGAUCCAGGAAAAUAAUCCUUAAUAAAUAACCAUCUUUUAGUAAAAGCUCUCUUAAGUAUAAAAUGAACCAUUAAAAAGGGAAAGAGAACUAAGUAGAAGCAACCUUCAAACUACCCCACUAUGCUGGCCUAGAAUCAUGAGCUGUAAGGUAACUUAAAGAUGAUUUAACCCAAAUUCUGAGCAGUGUAGGCCCCAUACUGUAUAUUUAGAAGAGGAAAUUCAGGCAAAAAGCUAAGUAACCACCCAAAGUGUCACACAGAGCUAAUUAACCAACUGGAAGUAAAACUCCAAGCUCCAGGCCAGUAUUUUAUCUUCACCCUUCAUGUUAAUUCAAUGAUUAUUAUGCUCAUCUAUUAUUUACUAUUGAACUAGAUUAUUUACUCAUUAUUUAGUACUAAAAUAAAGCAAAAGAGAAUUAUUUUUAAGAAAAGCAUUCUAAGCAAACAUUUUCAACACUGGAUACUUCUGGUUUACUUGAGGCAAGACUUCUUUUUAACACCUUUCUAAAAUGGAUUGAUGUUUAUUUCACAGACGAAAAUAAACCCCACUGAUCUAUUAUAGACACUAGCUUUUUCACCUGUUAAAGCCUCACAAAACACAGAUUUAACACUGAAAAUGUUCUGUCGAGUAUAACUUCUAAGCCAGUAAAUGAUGGCUAUCAAUUUUUAAGAUUACUGGAGUCAGUUUAAAUAGGUAGUCUAAAAGGACUUACUAGACUGCUCUUAUAUUUAAAAUGAUCCAUGUUAGUAUAACAGUUUUGAAUUUAUAUAUUGCUUUUUUUCCAAAUUAAAAUUCAUUCGUUAAACACAUUUAAAAAUCCUUGCACAGAUUUCUUUCUAUGGAUUCAUAUUGAACACCAUCAAAGUCAUUGAGCACAACAGCUGUACUUUGAAGAGACAGUAGAUGAAAUAUAUUUCUACAGUGUAAAGCUUUAGCUAGAACCUCGUUUUGUACCUCUUCUCCAAUCAUCUGAAAUUAAAAUUACCUCUAGUUCCUAUAAAAUGUUCCAAAGCUUUAAGAAGGGAGCAAAACAAAUUUAUCAAAAAAAAAAAAAAAAUCCAAAAA